AUGUUUUGUUGGACUACUGCUAUUGCUACUAUAAUGCUCAUUGGAACAGCAGUUCUACUAAUUUGCUCAGACUUAGCACGGGCUAUUACGACCUGCAGAAUCAGUAAUCAGUGUGAUCAGUGUAGAUUACUAAGUGCUGGACAGAAAUGUCUCAAAGAUAAACGAUAUGAACAUUUAUUCUGUGAUACGGCUAAUAAUCGUAUUGAUAUCCAUGAGAAUUCAUACUUAUUUUGCGAUACAAAGAAGAAUAAAUUAAUUACAAAGCAUUGUGCACCUGGCAAAUAUUUUAUAAAUGGAACCUGUUCGGAUGUUCAUCAACGUCAUAAACGGCGGUUCGUUGCUGGAUCUGGUCAUGUUGGCGAUUAUUGCUCUGUCAAUGAUGACUGCUUGAAUGGAAUGUUCUGCUCAGAUGGUACUUGUACAUGCCGGAAUAUGUUUGUUGCUAUCCAUGGAUACUGUUAUCUUAAGAAAAAUAUUGGUGAUAAUGGUUGUCAAUAUUCGGAGCAAUGUAAUGCUGCAUGGCCUGGUGCACGUUGUAUAGAAAAUAAAUGUGAAUGUCCAUCUGAUAUUAAUGGAAUUCCCUAUGUGCAAGUACGUACACGUGAUGGUGUUGUUUGCAUUUUAUUAUCUGGAGAAGAUAAUGAUCCGGUACCAAAAUGUCCAUUACCGGAAUAUGAUGAUGAUUUAUUAACAAUGCCAAUAUCACAACUUCGAAAUCCAGCAAUGACCGAUCCAAAUGAUUAUGAUAUUUUCUCAGGAGAACAAAUUAAUCCAUUACAAUUCUGCUCAUCAACAUCCACCGAUUACAAUACAUUUGUAGCAAAUGGUGGUGCUGCAUGUACCUAUGCUACGGAACCGUAUCAAUCGGAUAAUGGAGUUUAUAUUGCUGAUAUCUAUGACUGCAUAGUGGUACCAUUGAAUAAUAUGAAAUUAGCAAUGAAAGGUAUUUACAAUAUUCAUCCAGAAGCAGAUGGAAUUUGUUGUCCAAAUCGUGCAUUUACAUGCAUACAACCAAAACAUGAAGCAAAAUCAAAUGAAGCUGGCGUACGACCACGUUGGUGGUUUAAUUCUGUAACUGGUAUAUGUGAAUUAUUUAUGUGGGAUCCAUGGGAUGAAACAGAAGUACAAUCACCAAAUAACUUCAAAACUCGAGAACAUUGCGAAUCAUACUGCAGAGAUACAUGCAAACGUGGUUCACCACAGUAUUCAGUGGGAGGCAUUUUAAACGAAGAAGAACCGAUCACUAACUGUCAAACGAUGUCCUCAUGCUCAUCCAAUUUCGAAUGUAAAACAACCGGUUGGCGACAACUUUGUUGUCCAAGUGUUGCAAGUAUAUGUAGUAUUGCUGGUGGACGUCCAUUUGAUAUUUCCCGUCAUACUAAUUUCGAUCCUGGUUACAGUAUGAAGAGAAUGUUUAAUUUAAACUUUGAAAAAUCCCGCCGUUAUUACUAUGAUCCGGAUCAAAGCCGCUGUAUAUCAUUUACGUACAAUGGGGCAUUGGGUAAUUUCAACAAUUUCAAAUCAUUAUCCGAUUGUGAACUAUUUUGUGAAAGACUUCAGUGUAAAUAUGGUACACCAUUAAAAAUCGGACAA